CCAAUACCAGUCACCAGGACCACCUGCCCGGGAUAAGGACCGUGUUUCUCGCCACCACGACCCCUAAAACCCGACGCGAGUUUCGGAGGAGAGGCGAGGUACACGGCAGAACGACCCUCGCUCCGACGACCACUCAAACGGCGUCUCGGGGCGACCCUCGCUACGACGACCAGUCACAGGGCGUCUCAGGACGUUCCUCGCUACGACUACUCAAAACGGUGUCUCAGAACGACCUCGCUACGACGACUACUCAAAACGGCGUCUAGAUUUUCCCAAAAAUCGAACGACUUUGGGGAUGUACUUCCCGACGGAGACCAGGUACGGGUCUGACCUGCCUUCCUACCCGGACGCGGAUGACUCCUGGUCUCACCCGAACCUCCAGGAUGAGUUCAGACUCAACGUAGACAGAACAAGACAGACUUUACCAACAGCUGGGAGCUCUAAUUACACUGAACCUCAUAAUGGCUUUGGCAGCGAAGGAACAACAGGCAGAUAUUGCUCGAGUUUGUGGGCUCAUACGACACAAGAGACCCCCGACUUCAACGUAGGCGUGGACAGCAGCUUCCCCUCGGGCAUCUGCUCCCCUCACGAGGUCCCGAAUCCUCCCAGUCUUCAGCCAAGGACUCAAGAUCCUACAACAGAGACGAAUCCUCAGCCUGCGUUCCCUCAGCCUUCCCCGCACCUCUCGACCUCUCCCCUGGCGAUUCCAGACCCUCGCUCCAUCCUCAGCCAGGACGCCUCCGUGGUCAGUCCCCACCAUUUAGUGGAUGUCAUUCCCCCUCAUAUUUCUCCGAGCCCUCAGCAACAGCAACAACAACAACAGCAACAGCAACAACACCAGCAAUUACAACAGCAACAACAGCAAGGGUUAUUACCUAUAGAAAAACAGGAGGAGCCAGUUUCACAACCCGAUUCUACACAGCCGAGGCUUGAGGGCACAGCGGAGACCACAGACGAAGAAGAGGAAGAGGAAGAGGGGAGAAGAGGAGGAGGAGGAGAAGGAGAAACAAACAGUAAGAAGAGAAAGAGGAGGAUCCUGUUCAGCAAAGCACAAACUUACGAAUUGGAGCGCAGGUUCCGCCAGCAGCGCUACCUGUCCGCGCCCGAGAGAGAACACCUGGCUUCUAUUAUCAACUUGACGCCCACGCAGGUGAAGAUCUGGUUCCAGAAUCACCGCUACAAGACGAAGAAACAGCGGACGGAUCGCAGCGUGGAACUCGGCCCCCUCACCUCGCCCCGCCGCGUACCCGUGCCCGUGCUGGUACGUGACGGAAAGCCCGUACCCGUGCACCACCCUCCACCGCCCCAGUUCAACACCACGCCCUCCUACACGCCCUCGUUCCUCGACGUGGGCGGGUACUACCAGCAGGCGACCGCUCACAUGAGGGGCAUCCCGACGCCUUCCUUGCCCCACUCGACUUACGCCUCGAUGGGGAUGAUGUCCGCAGCCGCCGCGUAUAAUAGCCCGGGCCUCCAGGGGCAGUACGGGAGCCACGCCCUCACGCCCGCGGUCACCUCCUCCGCCACCCUGCACUACGCAGCGCCGCCCACGAUGGCCGAGGCUCCCGACCCCUCCUUCGCCCCCGCGCAGUAUACCGCCCCCGGGUUCUCCUACUCGGCCCAGACGUAAGGGGGAGAGGGAGAGGAAGUAAAAUAUAAGAAGGUACGGGGAAAUAAAAGAAAGAAAGGAAGACGUAGAGUGGGAAGGGGAGAGGAAGGAGGGAAAAAGAGAGGUGAGGUUGAGGAGAUAGGAAGAGGCGGAAGUACAGAGGAAAGGAGAGGCAAGGGAUAGGGGGAUGAAACCUAUUAGUGAUACCAGCGAUCCUCGAACUGACCAAUCCUAUUGACGGUCUUCGCUAGCAAUGCUCACAACUUGGUGUUCCUUUAGAAAUCUUAACUAGCAUACAUUACCGCGCUACCCUUUAAUCUGGGUAAGGUUUUCAAUAGCAUGUGUGACUAGCCGCGUGAGUUCCCAGAGGAUAAAAAUGUGCAGGACAUAACCCUCGUAUACACGGGUCUUUGGGAAGUUUAACAUGAAUCUUGGGAGAAAAUCUAGAGCUAUGUUUUUAAGUACGGGAUGUCCGUCAGUCUCUAUUUAUUCAUACAUAUAAAGCCCUGCUAUUCACAUCAUUUCAGAUUAUCGAAGAAGAAAAAAUGGAAGUUUGGUAAAGAGAUUGAAAAGUGUACUGGGUGACUAUGUACUGUUU